AUGAAGACCUGUGCCCUUUGCAAUAUUGGUUUCUCGGAUGGUGUGCAGUGUGCGGCAUGUAAAGGAUACCUCGACUUCGGCUGUGCUGGUAUCAGCGAAAAUGGUUGGAGAAGAUUGGGCUCUGACAGAAGAUCCACGUGGAAGUGUCCGGCGUGCAGGAUAUCGUCCCCAUCUCCAUCCCCGGCACUCACACCGGAACCUGUCUCCAUUGAAACUGUCCUUCACGAGAUUCGGGACAUUAAAGCUCAAUUAAUAAAUCUACCGUGUCUCUUGGAAAGCAUUAAAACUAUGAAGGAGGAGCUCAACAGCCUAAAGGUUAGCCACGACUUCAACAGCGGGCAGCUGCAGGAUUUCUCCACUAGGUUGACUGGACUUGAAACGAGGAUGGUAACUCUAGAGCGCCUCCAGGAUUCGGUUCAAUCAUUGCAGUCUGAUGUCGACACCAUCAAAUCGGAACAAGCUGCUUCCGACCAAAGGUCUAGACUGAACAAUAUAGAAAUUAAGGGUAUUCCUCUCAGGAAGGACGAAAAUCUUUUCUCCAUUUUGGACAAGGUUAGUGAUGGGGUGAAAUUUGCACUUCCUCGAACUCAGAUCAACUACAUAUCACGAGUACCUACAUACAACUCCAGGGAGAAAUCGAUAAUUGUCGGAUUCUUGAACAGGUAUGUUAAGGAGGACUUCGUCGCUGCUGCUCGGUUGUGCAGAGAUUUAUCUACCCGGGACCUGGGUUUCGAUGGGCCCUCGAAUCGCAUAUUCGUCAAUGACCACCUUAAUUCUGGGUCCAAGAAACUGUUAAACAAAACUAGACUAUUGGCCAAGGAGAGGGAUUUCAGAUAUGUCUGGGUUAAACAUAGUAAAAUUCAUGUUAGAAGGCAGGAUGGGUCCCCAGUAAUAAUCAUUAGUAGUGAGAGGGAUUUAAACAAAUUAAACUAA